GAGGCUCGCCCGGGGGAACGAGCCGCGGAUCGGCAAGAUGCCCCUGGCCACCUUCUACUUCGUGUUGCCCCUCAUGGAGGUGCUCUUGUCCGCAGAAGUGAGCGGGCUGCUUGGCGGGGACCGCCUGGACUGCGUGAAAGCCAGCGACCAGUGCCUCAAGGAGCAGAGCUGCAGCACGAAAUAUAGGACGCUGAGGCAGUGUGUGGCCGGCAAAGAGAGCAACUUCAGCCGGGCCACGGGCCUGGAGGCCAAGGACGAGUGCAAGAGCGCCAUGGAGGCCCUCAAGCAGAAGUCGCUCUACAACUGCCGCUGCAAGAGGGGCAUGAAGAAGGAGAAGAACUGCCUGCGCAUUUACUGGAGCAUGUACCAAAGCUUACAGGGAAAUGACUUGCUUGAAGAGUCACCUUAUGAACCAGUUAACAGCAGACUGUCGGACAUUAUGAGGCUAGCACCCGUCCUGUCAGUGGAGUUUACGAUUUCAAAGGGGAACAACUGUUUGGAUGCAGCAAAAGCCUGCAACCUAAAUGAUACCUGCAAGAAACUCCGAUCGGCUUACAUAACCCCCUGUACCAGCAGUGUGUCUAAUGAAAUCUGCAAUAAGCGGAAGUGUCAUAAGGCCCUAAGGCAGUUUUUCGACAAAGUUCCCCCGAAGCACAGUUACGGGAUGCUCUUCUGCUCCUGCCAAAACAUUGCAUGUACAGAAAGGAGACGCCAGACUAUUGUUCCCGUGUGUUCAUAUGAGGACAAGGAGAAACCGAACUGCCUGAAUUUACAAGAUACUUGCAAGACGAAUUACAUCUGCAGAUCUCGCCUUGCCGAUUUUUUCACAAACUGCCAGCCUGAGUCACGGUCUAUUAGUAGCUGUCUGAAGGAAAACUAUGCUGACUGCCUCCUCGCUUACUCGGGGCUUAUUGGCACGGUGAUGACACCAAAUUAUAUAAACUCCAACACUCUCAGUGUUGCUCCAUGGUGCAACUGCAACAACAGUGGCAAUGACUUAGAAGAAUGCAUGAAAUUUCUGAAUUUCUUCCAGGACAAUGCAUGCCUUAGAAAUGCAAUCCAGGCCUUUGGCAAUGGUACAGAUGUGAAUGUGUGGCAGCCAUUGCUACCCGUCCAAACCACCACAGCUGUAACCACGAUAGCUUACAGAGCUAAGGUUCAGGGAUCAGAGAACACCAACAAUGAAAUUCCUACCAACGAUUUACCAGCAUGUGCCAAUCUGAAGUUACCAAACCAGAACUUCAAUGAAUCUGUAGCGCCGGAAUUCUGUAUGUCUGGGAAUGCUAUGGGGAAAGAGAACGUGGCAGGAGGCUCCAUCAGUCAUAUGUCUUCGGAGAAUUCGUCUGCUCUUUGUAUCAGCAUCAGGUCAAGCACACUUCUCAUGCUGAUGGCAACUGCACUCUCCUUCUGCUUCUUCCCAUGUUCAGCAGGAACCUUGUAGCUGCUUUAACAAAAGGACCUGUACAAAGAAAAAAAGGAAAAAAAAGUGAUCUGUUCCCUGUCCUCUGUUGUUUCUCUAAAGUUCCUGUUCUAGAAGCUAAAUGGAGGCACUGUGCUAAAAAAAAAAUAGUUCUGGAUCAUUAUUGUCAUGAUUUCAUUCCUUUUAAAGAAAGCUUCUUAUGAUAUUUAGAGGCUUUGCGAAAUACUUGAUGAUGCAGUGCUACUUUCCAAACCCAGAAGGCUUUUGGACCCACAGUGUUUCAAAGAGAUGGAAUUCCAGUUUGCUUGUAAAUCUCAGAAGCUUGGUUCUUUCCUCUAUUAUUUUAAUUCUACCCCAG